AUGGAACACCCACCGCAGGGCGGGAUUAUGCCUACAUGGCAAGCCAUCCAGACUGCGUCAAAUUUCAGGCAGCCUGCUCAAAAACCACGACCGUCCAACCAACAGCCGCCGCCAAUGCAGCCUAUAAGAGCAAAUCCACCCGCAUACGCGAUCCAACCACUCAGCCAUCGCGUUGUCAUCCCAACGGAGACACAAGCCUUUCUUUCGUCGUAUGCAUCUCGAGUGCGCACCGGGUCGACCUUGCUGGUCCAACCAAUCUCCUCUGCACCGCCACCAGCCGCCCUAGGCGCUGUAGGCGGUAGUAGUAGUGCCUAUACACCAGCAGCCACUGGGUCAAGAUCGUCACGGACGCGAGGAGGCGCAGUCAAUUAUGCUGAAGCGGGCUCCGGGGACGAGUUUGAAGAACGCCCUGAAAAGGUCGCUCCUACUGGUCCUGUGGACUCGGACGACUCGGAUUUUCAGGCCAGUGGUGGCACGCGCACUACGAUUCGAAAGAUGGGCAGAGGCCCUGGAUCAAGCGCCGUACAAAACGCAAAAAUGGCAGCGACUAUUACUCAGACCAAGGAUCCAGCAGAAAUUGAGAAGAGCCAUCUAGGCUCAGUACCUCCCCUCCACGCGCUUCGACCUCAGCAAAUUCAUAAUUGUAGGCUCGAGCACCACUCCCUAGAAAAGCUUCAGGCUCAGGCCUCAUUGCCAGUCGUCCUUAUUCCGAUUCGAAUAGAAUUGGACACGGAUAGAUACCGAAUAAGAGAUUGCUUCAUGUGGAAUCUCAACGGCAUCUUUGCACAGAUCUUCUGCUAUGAUCUUGGACUUGAAGCUUACUACAUGGAACAAGUGUCUAAUCAGAUCAGUGCACAGCUAGAAGAACACGGUGCAACAGCUGCCCUCGAUCUUCCUGUUAACACUGAACGUGAAGGUGAAAUCUUGCAUGAAGAUGAUGCAGGGCCCGGCGACUGUCGUGUUGUACUACAAAUCGACGUCCAGAUUGGCACCAAGCACAUGCUCGAUCAUAUCGAAUGGGACCUGCGGUCGCCGCUAACACCAGAGGAAUAUACCAGCGUGUUCUGUGCAGACGUGGGGCUCUCUUCGGAGGCCGUUCCAAUGAUUGCCCAUGCUAUUCAUGAAGAGCUGCUCAAGCACAAGAAGGAUGUCAUAGAAUGGGGCGUGCUCGAGGGAGGAGGAGAGUGGAAGUCUCACGCUGCAGGCCUGGGCAAUGCCUGGGGAAGAAAAGGCAAAGGUCCGAAGAGAAUGAAGGGUAUCUGGAGAGACUGGGCAGAAAUUGUUUCCGGUGACUAUUCGCCGAGAAUCGAAGAACUUACAGCGGAAGAACUGGAGAAGAAGGAACUGGAACGAGAAAGAGCAGCAAGACGCUUGCGAAGAGAGACGAGCAAGUUUCAGGGGGUCAGUGGCUCGAGCAGGCGGCGUCGAUAA